GUUGGUUCAAUUCUAAGAGACUAAAUUAAAUUGAUUAAUAAAACCACGAUUUUAUAAAUAUUUUUGUGUGGAACCAAUUAUCAUUUUGAAAUAAUCACCGGAGAAAGUAUUUUGAUAAAACUUACAUGUAAUUUAAAAAAAAUCGUCCAUACAAUGACAGUUUCAAAUGGUGUGAAAUUCGUUACAAUUAAGGGGGCCACACAAAAUGGCAGACGACGAGCGGGCUACACUUGAUUUUACAGAGAUUCUUACCACAACAAAUCGAAAAUUUGAGAUUAUCCACGCUAAAUGGAUCGAAGAGAAACAUUUCGAGGUAAAAUUUCGAACGCAAAUACCCCGUAAUAGCGAGGAUUUUAAUGCUUUAUGUGACGAUUGGGUCGACCUUUUCUCCUCAAUAACCAACACGGUUUGGGUUAAAAAAGUAUCUAAUACAGGCCCAAAAAUAAGGUUUCGAAAGCAAUAUCAGUGUUGGACACACGGUGGUAAAAUCGUGCAAAAGGAAUUAUUAUUUGAUGCAAGAAGAUGUAAAGGAACUGUUGAUAUGAAAGUUCUUACUGAUAACCCCCAGACGAGAAAGAAGAACAAGCAUACUAAAUUAGGAUUAAAUGUUGUUAUUAAGAUAAAUUUUAUGCAUCUCCACCAAGUAAAUAAAACGGAAAAAUUCUCAUGUUUUGUUCAUAAUUGUGAUCCACAACCUGAGGCACCAAAGCCAACGAUAUUACCAAAUGAGAAAUUGCCGAAAUUAAUUGCAGAUAUGGUUCAAAAAGGUUUAGAUUCUACAUCAAAACCGAUUAAUAACCAUAAUAAUCACACAACAUCGAAUUCUUUACAUGAAUCAUCUGUGAUUCAUCAUCCAAGUAAUCAAGGUGUUAGUGUUCAUAGGGAACCAAGUGAUAUAAUUCAUGUUCAUCAAGAUCAACUGAUUGAGCAUGGCCAAUUAGAAAUACAAAAUUUGGAGCCGACAUUCCAAUUAAACCAUUUAGUUCCUUUACAAAAUAUGGAUAGUAUUAAAUUAGAGGUUCCCCAUUAUCAGCAGGUAACUCAAGUGUUGGUGAGCGACUCUGAUAUUGGGGAACAAAUCUUAUUGUGUCAACCGACAAUAAUGUUGGAUCCUAGCCAAGUUAUUCCAGUUUCUGGUCAUUCCUUGCAAUCUCAUUUUUUACAGAUUAAUUCUGGUAAUAUUCAUCAUAACCAACAUGGGUAUUUAUAAGAAAAGGAAAUAUAUGUGUAAUAAAUUAUGAUAAUAAAACAAUUUGUAUAGGUUUAUUUAAAGUGAGAAUAGAGAAUAAUAUAAUUUUAAGUUAAUUUAUGUAUAAUAAGCAAUUCUAUUGUUAUAUAAGAUUUAGUUUUAAGUUAUUUUAUCUUUUUUUGUAAAUUCUCAUUAAUUUUUAAUAUUAAAUUGAUAAAAAAUAUAUGACUUCUUAAAUUAAUAUAUGCAUUUAAUGUAUUUUAAAAUUUUAAUUCUUCAACAUCAAAAUCAAGAUUUUCCAUUAGAGCACUCACACACUUAUCAUAUACAUUAAACAUUUCUUUUAAUUUAGAUUUCUCUGCAACUUUCUGUAUCUUUUUUAAUUUAUUUGCAAAUCCAUUUAUAUUUUGAUACGAAGUUAAUAAAUUCUCUAAUGUUUCCAAUUCUUUUUCAUAAGUACAUUUACAAGCUUUUUUUGUUAAAUAUAAUUUUUCUAAUUCAUCUA